AUGGCCUUCGUCAACGCGCUCCCGCUCACCCGCCCCGCCACGAAUGUGUCGAACACCUCCUUCGUGAGCUCGCGCCCGACGCCGACCGCCCGCCGCACCCCCGUUCUCCAUCCGACGAUGUCCAUAGAGCAGUACCAGGACGAGCUCAUCGCCACCGCCAACAAGAUCGCCUCUCCCGGCAAGGGUAUUCUCGCCGUUGAUGAGUCGACCAAGACCAUCGGCAAGCGUCUGGCUUCCAUCGGAGUCGAAAAUUCGGAAGCGAACCGUCAGGGCUAUCGCGGCCUCCUUUUCAAUUGUGCAGGCCUCGGCGACUACAUCUCCGGCGCCAUCCUCUUUGAGGAAACGCUCUACCAGGACUCGGCGGAAGGCAAGCCGUUUGUUGACUGCUUGAACAAUAUUGGCAUCAUCCCGGGUAUCAAGGUGGACAAGGGUCUUUCUCCCUUGGGGAAUGCCGCUUCCUUUGAGACCUGGUGCACGGGGCUUGAUGGUCUCGCCGAGCGCGCAGCGGCUUACUACAAGCAAGGUGCUCGCUUUGCCAAGUGGCGUGCCGUGCUUCAGAUCUCGGACAGCACCCCGUCCAAGAUCUCGAUCCAGGAGAACACCUGGGGUCUUGCCCGUUAUGCCCGCACCGUCCAAGACGCCGGUCUGGUGCCCAUCAUUGAGCCGGAGAUCCUGAUGGACGGUGACCAUCCAAUCGCGCGCACCGCCGAGGUCCAGGAGGAAGUGCUCGCCGCCGUGUACAAGGCCUGCGACAUGAACGGCGUUUUGCUGGAGGGCUCGCUCCUCAAGCCCAACAUGGUCGUGCCCGGAUCUGACUUCGCUGGCUCUACGUCGCCGGAGGAGAUUGGGACCUACACCGUGCGCACGCUCGAGCGUCGCGUGCCGUCCGCCGUGCCAGGCAUUAUGUUUUUGUCUGGCGGUAUGUCAGAGGAGGAGGCAUCAGUGAAUCUGAGCGCUAUGAACAAGAUCGACCGCAAGGGCCCCUGGAGCCUGAGCUUUUCGUAUGGACGCGCGUUGCAGCAGUCAUGCCUUAAGACAUGGAUGGGCAAGCCGGAGAACGUGUCGGAUGCACAGCAGGCGCUUCUCGCGCGCGCGCGCGCAAACUCUCAGGCCAACUUAGGCAAAUACAAGAAGGGCUCCGAGCCGUCGCUGGACGCCCUCGGCACGUUUGAGAAGGGCUACAAGUAUUAGAUUGUUGGAUUAACACGCUAUGGUCUACCGGUGUGCACUAAGCGCAGGUCUGGCGCCUUUUUUGGGGGGAGGAGUUGACUUGAGCUGGACAGGAUAAAAGAGAAAAAGGUGUUUGGUUGCCGCGCCCUUGUGUGUCGUGCUGCUCUUGCCUUCUAAGAUACUUGAGUUUGUUUAUUAGACAAGGAGCCUUUUCACCGCCACGCUGGUUUUGCCUCGUCAUGACUUGUUGAGUAGAAAUGUAAGGCGAGGUGAGCGGCAGCGUAGGAAUAGUGAACGAUACAAAACACUGAGAGGGUUGCUGUAGCGUUGCCUGCCCUGCGGGGGCCUCGAUAUGUGGCAGGUUCGCAGGUGCUGGGGCGGGUGUAAAAAAACACUCAAAAAACAAACACAAAAAAGAUUGGACUGCGGGCUAUUGCUCUCAAUUUUUACAAAAAAA